CUACAAACUCACAUAAUCAUGACUGCCAUGCGGGUGGAUGCUAAGGUGGUCAUGCUUGGCAAAGAGAGUGUGGGUAAAACCAGUCUGGUGGAGAGAUACGCACAUCGCCGGUUUCUUGUGGGACCAUAUCAAAAUACUAUAGGGGCUGCAUUUGUUGCGAAAGCCCUCAAUGUCGGAGACAAGGUGAUUACUCUGGGAAUAUGGGACACUGCUGGGUCUGAACGCUAUGAAGCAAUGAGCAGAAUUUAUUACAGAGGAGCCCGUGCUGCCAUUAUCUGCUAUGACUUAACUGACAGCAGCAGUUUCGGAAGGGCCAGGUUCUGGGUGAAGGAGUUACAGAACUGUGAAGAGAACUGCAAGAUAUAUUUGUGCGGCACCAAGGGGGACCUCAUUGAAACCGAUCGAAGUAUGCGCCAAGUAGACUACCAUGAUGUUCAAGACUUUGCAGAUGAAAUAGGUGCACAACAUUUCGAGACCUCCAGCAAAACAGGAAAAAAUGUUGAUGAGGUGUUUCAGAAAGUGGCUGAAGAUUUCAGUAGCUAUGAUUUAGAGUUCAUGCAAGAGGAGAAGGGAGUGGAUCUUGGGAAAAAGAAGGACUCUUAUUUUGACAACUGCUGCCAUAACUGACAUAUCACUGGAAAAAAACUGCUGUAUCAUAUGAUCUGUUUUGGAAUGACUGGAGGCUCACCAUCUUUUAUACUCCUAAAAAUAUCAGCUGGAUUUUUUUCUUUUAUAAUUUUUUUCCCCAGUGUGCAGUAUGUUGAUGGGGUUCUUGGAAAUUAAGAACAUGAAACAUUCCACUUUUUCCUGUGUUCAAGCAAUUAACUCUUUUUUUUUCUUGAACAUGUUUUUUUUUUUUUUUUUCGUACCUGAGAAUGUUGACUGAGGCAAAUAUUAACAAGUGCAUGGCAAUCCGUUUUACCAAAAAGAAAAAACACAAAGCAAGCUUUAGGGACAGACUGCACAUUGCAGGUUAUUGUUGCCAAUUUUAACAAACAAUGCCUUGAGUGAUUAAUCAGUGAUUUUUAUUAUUGAAUGUGUCUCCAUUUUAUAGAUAUUUUGAGGAUCUUAAUGUUUUCAGCCUUCUUUUAUCACACUGCACUCAUGUAUGAAGAAUUAAUUUCAUAUGUCCACACUAAACCGGAGCCAUUUGCAGUUUUCACAAAUCUGAGACCAGUUCAAACAUUUUUCUUGGAAUGAUAAAGAUUUAAAAGUCAGAAAAAGUCAGUUUCCAAUUAUAGUAUUCUUGAAUUGUUAUGAAGCUGAAAAGUUGAUGUCAAGAGUUACUGGAGUCUUUUAUAAUAUCAUGGUAAAUUUGAUAUCUGGAAGUAUCAACUCCACAACAACAAAAAUGUUUCACACACAAGGUUUCACAACACAAAAGUUUCACUUAGUUUGCAAUGUUUGAUAAUGGAGCCCAUAGCUUCCUGUAUCGUGGUUGUCCAUUAUUUGCAGUUGACUGUCUGACAGGUCUUUACCAUGUUCCAGAAGCGAGUCAAUGUGCAGCAUUUGAUGAAUGGGAUGUUAAUGUUUACAGUGUUAUUUUUAUUAUUAUUUAAUUUUACUUCAAUGCAAUUUGGGUAAGAUUUUGUAAAUUGGUACACUAAGUUGUCAGUUGUGAACAUGUUUGUGUGACUUUGUACAUACAGCUUUAGUUCACUCUCAGUUCAUAUUGUGCCUGUAUUAAAUACUGCUCAACAGGCCUGUAGCUAAAAAUAUGGUUGGCAUAUUUUACAUGUCAGUCCAAAGAGAUCAUAUUUUUUGUCACUGGAUGUCCUACAGGAAAGAAGGACAAUAUUACGUUACUUUAUUACAUUUACUGUGAAAUUACAUUAAGAUUAUA